GUUGAGCAAGAGAGAGAGCGCGGAGAGCGGGAGGAGCCGGCGCCGCCGAGGGAGCCCCGGGACGGCAGCUCCGGGCACCGGACACGCUCUUCUCGGGCUCCAGCGGGGGAGACUCGCCGUCUGCGCGGGGGACAGCGCCCGCCCGGGCCAGAGCGGGUGGGCAGCGGGCGAGGCUGCAGCCCGCGGACAGAAGAGGGACCGCGCACCCGGGGAUCCGCGGAGGCCGGGCGCAGGCGAGGGAGCAAGGUAGAGGGACAAAGAGCCGUGCGAACGCCCCGGGCGUCCUGCGAGCGCGAGCGCCCGGGACGAGGUGGCGCGGGGCCCGGGGAGAGCCCGUGGAUGUGCCGCGCGUCACCGGAGAGCCGCCGCCGCCCCGCGAGGAGGAAUGCACCGGACCCGCCGCCGCGGGACGCGCCCGCCGCCGCCCGCGCCGCCACCGCUGCCCGCCGCGCCGCCGCCGCUGCUGGUGCUGCUGCUGCUGUUGGCCGCGCGCGGGGCCGCUGCCCAAGAAACAGAGCUGUCCGUCACUGCUGAGUUAGAGCCUACCUCAUCAUGGAACAUUUCAAGUGAACUCGACAAAGAUUCUUACUUGACUCUUGAUGAACCAAUGAAUAACAUUACCACAUCCCUGGGGCAGACAGCAGAACUGCACUGCAAAGUCUCUGGAAAUCCACCUCCCACCAUCCGUUGGUUCAAAAAUGAUGCACCUGUGGUCCAAGAGCCCCGGAGAAUCUCCUUCCGGGCAACCAACUAUGGCUCUCGACUCCGGAUUAGAAAUCUAGAUACCACAGACACUGGCUACUUCCAGUGCGUGGCAACAAACGGCAAGAAGGUGGUUUCGACUACUGGAGUCUUGUUUGUCAAGUUCGGUCCCCCUCCCACCGCAAGUCCAGGAUCCUCAGAUGAGUAUGAAGAAGACGGAUUCUGUCAGCCAUACAGAGGGAUUGCAUGUGCUCGAUUUAUUGGCAACCGCACUGUUUACAUGGAGUCUUUGCACAUGCAAGGAGAAAUAGAAAAUCAGAUCACAGCUGCCUUCACCAUGAUUGGCACCUCCAGUCACUUAUCUGAUAAGUGCUCCCAGUUUGCCAUUCCUUCUCUGUGCCAUUACGCCUUCCCCUACUGUGACGAGACCUCAUCCAUCCCCAAGCCCCGGGACUUGUGUCGGGAUGAAUGUGAGAUCCUGGAGAAUGUCCUGUGUCAAACGGAGUACAUUUUUGCAAGAUCCAAUCCCAUGAUUUUGAUGAGAUUAAAACUCCCAAACUGUGAGGAUCUUCCCCAGCCAGAAAGCCCAGAAGCUGCGAACUGUAUCCGGAUUGGAAUUCCAAUGGCAGAUCCUAUAAAUAAAAAUCACAAAUGUUACAACAGCACAGGUGUAGAUUACCGGGGAACCGUCAGUGUGACCAAAUCAGGGCGCCAGUGCCAGCCAUGGAAUUCCCAGUACCCUCACAUGCAUACAUUCACUGCCUUGCGCUUCCCAGAGCUCAAUGGAGGCCAUUCCUACUGCCGCAACCCAGGGAAUCAGAAGGAAGCUCCCUGGUGCUUUACCUUGGAUGAAAACUUUAAGUCUGACCUGUGUGACAUUCCAGAAUGUGAUUCAAAGGAUUCCAAGGAGAAAAAUAAAAUGGAAAUUCUGUACAUUCUGGUGCCGAGUGUAGCCAUUCCCCUGGCCAUUGCUUUCCUCUUUUUCUUCAUCUGUGUCUGCCGCAAUAACCAGAAGUCAUCAUCACCACCAGUCCAGAGGCAACCGAAACAUGUCAGAGGCCAAAAUGUAGAGAUGUCAAUGCUGAAUGCAUAUAAACCCAAGAGCAAAGCUAAAGAGCUGCCUCUUUCUGCUGUACGGUUUAUGGAAGAACUGGGUGAAUGCACCUUUGGGAAAAUCUAUAAGGGCCAUCUCUAUCUCCCAGGCAUGGACCAUGCGCAACUGGUUGCCAUCAAGACCUUGAAAGACUAUAACAACCCCCAACAAUGGACAGAAUUUCAACAAGAAGCCUCCCUGAUGGCUGAACUGCACCACCCUAAUAUCGUCUGCCUCCUGGGUGCUGUCACUCAGGAACAACCUGUGUGUAUGCUUUUUGAGUAUCUGAAUCAGGGGGAUCUCCACGAGUUCCUCAUCAUGCGAUCCCCACACUCUGACGUGGGCUGUAGCAGCGAUGAAGAUGGGACAGUGAAGUCCAGCUUGGAUCAUGGAGAUUUCCUGCACAUCGCAGUCCAGAUUGCAGCCGGCAUGGAAUACUUGUCUAGCCAUUUCUUCGUGCACAAGGACCUUGCCGCUCGCAAUAUACUAAUCGGAGAGCAACUUCAUGUGAAGAUUUCGGACCUUGGGCUCUCCAGAGAAAUUUACUCGGCCGAUUACUACCGGGUACAGAGUAAAUCCUUACUGCCCAUUCGUUGGAUGCCGCCUGAGGCCAUCAUGUAUGGCAAGUUCUCCUCGGAUUCCGAUAUCUGGUCCUUUGGGGUUGUCUUGUGGGAGAUUUUCAGCUUUGGACUCCAGCCAUAUUAUGGGUUUAGUAACCAGGAAGUGAUUGAGAUGGUGAGGAAGCGACAGCUCCUACCGUGUUCUGAAGACUGCCCGCCCCGAAUGUACAGCCUCAUGACCGAGUGCUGGAGUGAGAUACCUUCCAGAAGACCCAGAUUUAAAGAUAUCCACAUCCGCCUUCGGUCCUGGGAGGGCCUCUCCAGUCACACCAGCUCCACUACUCCUUCAGGGGGAAACGCCACCACACAGACGACCUCCCUCAGUGCCAGCCCAGUGAGUAAUCUCAGCAACCCCAGAUUUCCCAAUUACAUGUUCCCCAGCCAGGGUCUCCCACCACAAGGCCAGAUCGCUGGCUUCAUUGGCGCCCCAAUACCUCAGAACCAGCGCUUCAUCCCUAUCAACGGAUACCCAAUACCUCCUGGAUACGCAGCUUUCCCAGCUGCCCACUACCAGCCAACAGGUCCUCCCAGGGUGAUUCAGCAUUGCCCUCCUCCCAAGAGUCGGUCACCCAGCAGUGCCAGUGGGUCAACCAGCACUGGUCAUGUGACCAGCUUGCCCUCCUCCGGCUCCAAUCAGGAAGCAAAUAUCCCGUUAUUACCACACAUGUCCAUCCCAAAUCAUCCUGGUGGAAUGGGCAUCACUGUCUUUGGCAACAAAUCUCAAAAACCCUACAAAGUAGACUCAAAGCAGCCAUCGUUACUAGGAGACUCCAAUAUCCAUGGGCACACUGAAUCUAUGAUUUCUGCAGAACUGUAAAAGGAACAACUUGUACAAAUGUGGUAUGCAGGACGGGUUGGAAAGCCGUAGGAAAGAUUUAUAUGCAAAUUUUUUUAAUUAAAGUAAGGUUCUCACUUAGCAGACAUUACAACAGUAUCUUCUGUGAAGUUUAACUGUGCAAGCAGAUCAGGAGAAGAACACAGCAUGGGGUUUUUACUCCAUCUGCAUACGUGGCAUUGGGAUCAACACUAAACACUGCAAACCAGUGAAAAGGAAAAGAACCUUGUGAUUAACUAGCAAACCAAAAAGCAAAGUCAAGUGGUGCUUUGUGUAUUUGCCUUUGGUCGCCAUGACUGUUUCUCUCCCCCAAAAUGUAUAUACCGUAGCAUUUGUCUACCUGCUGUCUUUUCUUCAGGACAAAUGUUCAGGAAUUUAUGUUUAUUCCAUUGAGACUCUAUGCAUAUAUGAAUGGAAGCGAUAUGCAGAAGCAAGGAAGAUACUUUAGGCCAAAUUUGAACUCUUGGAUGGAAAUGAGCCAUACACAGGACAUCUACCACAUCUUUGGAAGUCUGCUCCAUAGCGAGGCUUCUUUGGAAAGGUGUACAAUGUGCCUCUUGGUGAACCACCUCUUCUGAUCAUGAAGGCCUUUUCCACAUUUCUCUUUUCUCAAUGUGUUUACACAAGCCCUUAAAAGAUUGCAUGGCAUAGGAUCCUAAGAAAGCUAGAUGUGGAUGCUGGAAAUGAUUGUCAAUGGAUCAUUUACCCUGACACAUUAGGAAUGAGGUGCCAAAGGAAGCACCGCUGGGAAAAUGGUCCCUCAGCCUAGCCCAGCAUCCAUAGGAGAGGAACAAGCUUCUCAUGGAUAUAGCCUCCACAGGCACUUCUUUGGGCCACCAAUAGUGACAACUAGAGGUGUGGCUGCAGAGAGUACCAUGCAGGCCUUGUAGCCAUGUUUCUAAAUUGUCCUAGAGUACUUAAAAUCAGUGAACUCUAGAGUACCUAGUAUCAGUGAACUCUAGUCAUAGAGGAAAUCCUGUGAUGAUACCAAUACUUAGUAAAUUUGAAGUCUGUUCAUUCUCUCUCCUUUCUUUUUAUACCUCUUUUCUUUCCUCUCCUUCCUUCUUUCCUGCCCUUUUCUCCCCCCCCUUCUUCCUUCCCUCCUCUUUUUUCCUUUUAAGAUGGAAAUGUUCACAGAUUUUGUUCUAGCCCCAAGAAUUAUAAGAAUUUAUUCAUAGAGCUAGUUGAAAUCCAAAGAUAAGGCAUUCCAUUUUGUGAAACAUGACAGCAUUUCCAAAACCUAGCACUGAGUUUUCAUUUCAGAAGUUAUGGAGAACUGAAUUUUUUUAAGUUGGCAAGCAAGUCACAUAAGCCUUUCUGCUUUCCCUAGAGGGAGAUAGCAAGUCCAUCUCUCCUGGUCUGCCCUGGUGUUUACCUGCUCAACAUCUCUGCCAACUUCAGAAUACUUAGGAGUUUCCAGUUCUAUAUGCAAGGGAUUUUUAUAUUUGAUAUUUCUCUUGUUAAAAAAAAUAACUCCUUUUAUUCUAAGGACAGUGUCUCUACGUCUCGUUUUUUUUGUUUUUGUUUUUGUUUUUGUUUUUAAGCUAUAAGUGAUUUGUAGACUUACAGGACCUCACAUAAAUCCUGGAAAUAUUUCAUGAGGAGAAUUAGGAACACCUUGAUGUUUCUGUUUUUAAAAAUACAAUAAGCAUAAGGAAAUAGGAAAUCUGAGAAGUCACCAAAGUGUACUGCAAAUAUUCCAAACCUAAGUCUUCAAACAAUAAGCGUGAAUACUUCUAGGUACUGUGAACUCAAAGAAUUGGCUAUGUUCAGAUAUAGUGGGUAAUAAAUUUAGUCAUAUUUUUGUGGCAUGAUUAAGCUGAUUCAGAUGGUACAUUUUUUAAACUUUAGGUAGAGGAGAUUAUUUGUAACCUUUUGUUGCUAUGCAACUGUUUAAUGAUGAUGCUUCAAACCACAGUUUUGUAUAUCAUAUGACAAUCAUUUUUUUCCAAGAAUAUUUAUUAUUUUAAGUAAACAGAAUUUCAGUGAAUCUGAGUUUUUUGUAGGAAUCCCUUAAAGGGAAAUUAGCAUUCCAUGAGCCAGUAAAAUACUUUCUCUUAAAAAAAAAGUAAUACAGUUAAAAAAUAAAUUCAAGUUAGUUUUUUAUAAAGAACUGUAACCUUUGUUUUAAACAUUUGUAAUAACGAAUCAAUUUAGAUGAGCAAACUAAAUUUCAAACCACUUGUAAUUGUAUAUUUUAUAUUAGUACUGUGAUAUUACAUAAUGCAGUCCCUUUUGUAUUAAAUAGUAUUUUUUCACAAACUGAGAAUUCCCUUUUGCUUUGUUGACAAUGUUUUGUAAGAUGACUUUAUUUUCAGAUUUCUCUUUGCACAAAACUAUGUUUAUUGUUUGUAUCACAAAAUAUAUCUCUGCAUUUUUAUAUCUGG